AUGCGUCGGGCGAGGGCUUCCCGGCUCCCAGGUCGGAGGGAAGGAGAGAAAAAGGAGCUGGCAGGCCGUUGGCGAGACCCGGCCGAAUUGUAUAAUACGAAGGAAUUGUAUCCACCAGAACAGGUGGAGAGGAUUGUAGACAAAAGGAAGAACAAGAAGGGCAAAUGGGAAUAUCUCAUUAGGUGGAAAGGUUAUGGAAGCAAUGAAGACACCUGGGAACCUGAACAUCAUCUACUACAUUGUGAGGAAUUUAUUGAUGAGUUUAAUGGACUUCAUGUUACUAGAGAAAAGCGAUCAAGACAUGGGAAACAAGCCAGCGCUCCAAAAUUUUUACGGGAAAGCAGAGGAUCAUCUGUUGAGAAAAUCUCACAUAGACCUUCUGAAUCUGGGAAGCUUAAAGGGUCCACACACAAAAGAAAGAGAAUUAAUCCAUCUCUUCAAAAACAGAAAAGAGGAUAUGCAUCAAAGCCAGCAUCUGCUAAUGACAGGGCUGCUAAAACUGUGACUUACCGAACUACUCCCAGCGGUUUACAGAUCAUGCCACUGAAAAAGCCACACAAUGGUCUGCAGAAUGGAGAUGGCAGUCAUGAAAAAGAUUCUAGACAUUUUGGGAAUGGCUCACAACAGCAAAACAUGGAUUUAAAUGACCAUGAAGGAGAACAGAAUUUGCCCAGCGUGUUAGAAGUUAGUAAUGAUUCACCUGUUGUGAAUGGAAUUGGUUCUUCUCUGGCCAAUGGAGGCUUGAAUCUACACAGCACUGUGAAGAGGAAACUAGAUGGUGAGAAAGAUUAUGUCUUCGAUAAGAGACUAAGAUAUAGUGUACGUCAAAAUGAAAGUAACUGCCGGUUCAGGGACAUCGUAGUCCGGAAAGAAGAUGGUUUCACACAUAUAUUGCUGUCGAGUCAGACUUCAGAUAACAAUGCACUCACCCCAGAGAUCAUGAAGGAAGUUCGGAGAGCAUUGUGCAAUGCAUCAGCUGAUGACAGUAAACUCUUACUUCUCAGCGCAGUGGGAAGUGUAUUCUGUAGUGGCCUAGAUUACUCAUAUUUAAUUGGCAGGUUAUCCAAUGACAGAAGAAAGGAAAGCACUAGGAUUGCAGAAGCUAUAAGGGAUUUUGUAAAAGCUUUUAUUCAAUUUAAGAAGCCAAUUGUGGUCGCUAUCAACGGUCCUGCUCUUGGGUUAGGAGCUUCUAUUUUACCACUAUGUGAUAUCGUUUGGGCAAGUGAGAAGGCAUGGUUUCAGACACCAUAUGCAACAAUACGACUCACUCCAGCUGGCUGCUCAUCAUACACAUUCCCACAAAUUCUGGGUGUUGCACUGGCAAAUGAAAUGUUGUUCUGUGGGAGAAAGCUAACAGCACAGGAAGCCUGCAGCAGAGGACUAGUGUCACAAGUAUUUUGGCCAACAACAUUUAGCCAAGAAGUGAUGCUACGAGUGAAGGAAAUGGCAUCCUGCAGUGCAGUGGUACUGGAAGAGUCCAAGUGUCUCGUGCGGAGCUUCCUGAAAUCUGGACUUGAAGAUGUGAAUGAGAAAGAGUGUCAGAUGUUAAAACAGCUGUGGAGUUCUUCCAAAGGACUGGAUUCAUUAUUCAGCUACCUGCAAGACAAAAUAUAUGAAGUCUGA